AAAUGGAGCCUCAAACUCAUCCGGUUUCUAUCUUCCACUAAUCUGUUUCAGUUUCUUCCCUGUAAUAAAAACACAAUACGUUCUUCUGAAGCCAAGCCAGCCCUGAAUGCAAAUGAUCUUCCUUUCCAUUAGAAUAGAGUAAACCCAAAUAGUGAAAGAAUUGUAUGGAUGUGUUGUAGCACCCAAAAAUAUCCAACAUGCACUGCACGCUCGUUUAUGGAAAGAGACGCCAACAAGCAGAGCAUCCGAGGGAUGAUACCCCUCAGUGGAUUCCAGUGUGAAUCCAGUUAAUUGAAACCGGGCCCCAUCAAUCUCUCUAUCUUUCUCUCUGGGUUUUCCUUUCAUUUCAAUAAAAGGGUCUCUUGCACGUCAGAAUCGACGCCGGUGUUUAUUUAAAGCAAAACAGGGAAAGCUGGAUUGGAGGAAGGAGAAAGGGAACCGUUUGUUCAUAGCUAUAUAGGGAGGUUGCGGUCCAAGCAGAUGCCGUUGAAUAUUGUACACGACGCCGACGGAUUGUCCAAGAUUAUAUUGACGGAGGCCGGCGGAUCGACUGCUGAGGUGCUCUUGUAUGGCGGGCAAGUUGUGUCCUGGAAGAAUGAACGUAGGGAAGAACUGCUCUUUAUGAGCAGCAAGGCUAUUUGGAAACCGCCUAAAGCUAUCAGGGGAGGAAUACCUGUCUGCUUUCCUCAGUUUGCUAAUUUUGGAACCCUAGAACAGCAUGGAUUUGCUAGGAACAGAUUGUGGUCAAUAGAUAGUAGCCCGUCCCCUUUACUGCCAGCUAACAGCCAGUCUUGUGUGGAUAUCAUAUUGAAGUCCACAGAAGAGGAUCUAAAGACGUGGCCUCGCAGUUUUGAGUUGCGGCUUCGUAUUUCACUCAGUGCUGGCAAACUUACUUUGAUACCUCGAGUGAGGAAUACUGAUAGCAAGGCAUUCUCCUUUACAUUUGCUCUGCGUAAUUACUUAUCUGUAUCCGAUAUCAGUGAGGUGCGUGUUGAGGACUUGGAGACACUUGACUACUUUGAUAAUCUGAAGGACAGAGAGAGGUUCACAGAACAGGAAGAUGCAAUUACUUUUGAUGGCGAGGUAGACCGAGUGUAUUUGAGCACACCAACAAAGAUUGCUAUCAUAGACCAUGAGAAGAAAAGAACCCUUGUGCUGAGAAAGGAGGGCCUACCUGAUGCUGUUGUUUGGAACCCAUGGGACAAGAAGGCUAAAGCUUUGCCAGACUUUGGGGAUGAAGAUUACAAAAGCAUGUUGUGUGUGGAUUCAGUUAUUGUUGAAAACCCAAUUGUCUUGAAACCAUCCGAAGAGUGGACGGGUCGCCAGGAGCUCUCCAUCGUCUCAUCAAGUUAUUGUAGUGGACAGUUGGAUCCUCGCAAGGUUCUUUUUGGUUUAAGCUGAUCUUUUUGCUCUAGGGUUCAUGGAUGCUUCCCUGUAAUAUAUACUAAUUCUCUUAUUUGAUGUGCAAUGUAUAUGCUGUUGCUUUUUCCUGUAUUAUUUUCGUUGUUGUAGGAUUCCAAAAUCGGUUUAAAUAACUAAAUCAGUCAAUCUGUGAUAUUGGACCUA